CUGUUGGAGUCCACUUCUUCAGGAUUCCAGCUCAUACAGAAGGCCAGGUGAAACACCCCCCCUCGUGGAACUAAUUAACUACUGGAUUCUUGCCCAUUGUUGGGUUAGUUGGACUGCAGACUUGCUGUCCCAGGAGAAGAUGGGAAAAGGUUGCAAGGUUGUCGUUUGUGGGCUGUUGUCCGUUGGGAAAACUGCAAUUUUGGAGCAACUCCUUUAUGGGAAUCACACUAUUGGCAUGGAAGACUGUGAAACGCUGGAAGACGUGUACAUGGCGUCUGUGGAGACAGACCGUGGGGUGAAGGAGCAGCUGCACUUGUACGACACCCGCGGCCUGCAGGAAGGCGUGGAGCUGCCUAAGCACUAUUUCUCAUUUGCCGACGGCUUCGUUCUCGUGUACAGCGUGAAUAACCUCGAGUCCUUCCAGAGAGUGGAGCUUCUGAAGAAAGAGAUCGAUAAGUUCAAAGACAAAAAGGAGGUGGCAAUCGUUGUGUUAGGAAACAAACUGGACCUUUCUGAGCAGAGGCAAGUGGACGCUGACGCAGCACAACAGUGGGCCAGAAGUGAGAAGGUGAAGCUCUGGGAGGUGACGGUGACGGACCGCAGGACGCUGAUUGAGCCCUUCACGCUACUGGCCAGCAAGCUUUCCCAGCCCCAGAGCAAAUCUAGCUUCCCUCUGCCAGGGAGGAAAAACAAAGGGAACUCCAAUUCCGAAAACUGAGUCAAGCCUUGAAAUGUCUCUAGCAUGACACAGGGUUCCGGUUUAAUGUGGCUCUUCUCAAACCUCCUCUGGGCCUUAGGGAACCCCUAAGUGGUAACUUAAUGCACUUUAAUGCAAGCUACUGGUUUGCUGCUGUUGGACGUUAUUUUGUCUUUAUUUGAAACCUGCUCUUAAAAUCGAGUUUUGUUAUUCUGCACCAGUCAGUAAUAAUAAACGUUAGAGUAUGCAGUGUACCAUGGGAAGGAACCCUUCCAGCUUAUCAGGGACUGUCAUACUCACUGUAGUUUUAUGCACAUGCCUUGGUGUGACCAUAAGUCAUUACUGUGUGUAUGGAGUUGGCUUUCUCCUUCCAUCUACGCAUGAAUUUCUGGGCUGGAACUCAGGUGGCCUGGCUCGCCUGGCAAAGCACCUUCCCCACUGAGUCAUCUUAACAGGCCCAGAAUUCCGUUUUAAAAACGUUGACUCCUCAGGGCUGGAGAGAUUGCUCAGUAGCUAAGAUUGAAGCUCUCACAGAAGAGCCAGGUCCAGUUUAUAGCACCUACAUGGUGGCUCACAACCACCUAUAUGGUGGCUCACAACCACCCAGAAUCCAAAGGAUUCAGUGUCUUCCCUUGGUUUCUUCAGACAUUGCAUGCAGUUAGUGCUCAUGUACAGAUGCAGGGAAAACCAUACACACGUAGAAUGAUAGCUAAACUUUUUUAAAGGUUAAUUAUCUAAUAUCUCAGAUUAUAAAGCUUGGCAGUGGCUUUCUUUGUGCAGCUAAAUUAUGCCAAUGACGACAAUCUGGACCUCUGAGUUAAACUCUCAUUUCACGGAGGCUUUGCUGACAGACCACACGUGGUUUUGCGUCGCUCGCUCUGUUAAGUAUAAUCAAUCGUAGGUUAGCAUGAGUAGCUUCUGUAUUCAGAGCCCUGUCUAUAAGCUAGGCCUGUGCUGACGAUAAAGUGAAAUACUAGAGGGUCUUCAGAAAACGGUUAGGCUGAAGAAUGAGGAUGCAUCCCUUUCUUCUAAUAACCUCAUCGUAUACAAUAAAAUGUCAGAAAUACAGAGUUACCACUAGUUUUACAUAUUAAUCUGAGUUUGUAAUUUAGUUUAUGGAAAAUCUUACCAAGAUCCGAGCAGUUUUGGUCACUGUAUUGAACAAGAUUGUCAGACCUAUGCAAAGAACUAGGAAAUGAACUGCCUGGUGGUUCCAACUGUAAAUCAACUUUAACCAUUACCUGAAAAGCAAAGUGUGAAACAAGGUAUAGUAAACACAGGAAGGCAAGUAAAGUAUGGACUCUUCAGUGCAAUGCUUUUAACUGUGGCUGGCUCAGUCCAGUGAGUUCAAGCCAAGGACCGCCGUGUAUAAUGUAAACCAUUAGCACUAUUGCCACUUGCUUUUCUGUUGGUGGCACUGCAGUCUGAACCCAAGGCUUCACACACAUGCAUCAUUAACUGUUUUACUUUGUGAGAAAGGGUCUUAAUAAACAACCCAAGCUUUGAA